AUGCCGCAACGACUGUGGAAUGCACGCUAUCCGAUCGGAGCAGGCCGUGGGCAAACGUGGCAAGCGUUGUCCCCAAGUACCGGUGGUUCUGCUGAUGCCACCAAUUCUCAAAUGCCCGCCAGCAUCGAUGAGAUGCAGCUGCAAAACAAGCUCGAGGCACUCGAUGCUGAGUAUUCAAGUCUUAUUCUUUCUCAACUUGAUUCACAACGUGUCCACUACGAAGCUAAAAUGACCAAGAUGCAAGAGGAGAGCGUAUCUACAUCGACGUUCAAGCAGGUGUGCGAUGAGCGGGAUAAGCUUCAGGUUGAAUUGGGAUCUAUGACGCAAGCAUUGUCGUCGGCGCAGUCGACUAUCAAGAAACAAGAUACUCAGCUGCGUCGAUCGAUCGAAAAUCUGCGGACUACGCGUAACGAACUUGAACAAGAGAAGUCGCUGUCAAAAGCCCUAUGUGACCAGGUGCAAAAACUCAUGCGUGGACAAGACUCACUUCAAAGGCAGAUGGAUGACGUGACAGAACAAUUACGUGACAUGACGUUCUUUGUCUCCGCCCGCGACAAGAUUGAACAACAAACCGACGACACAUUGGGAAUCGCCGGGGGUGAUGUGAUUGUCCCCAACCCAUCAGAUGGGCAGCGACAGAGGCAACGACAAACACAUGGUGGUAAGAAAAAGGCUUAG